CGCCGGUAAUCUCUUUAACCCAGGGAUAUUUAAAUGGUGCGUAGCUAUUCGGACAUAUAUGUAUGUCCUUGGUUUGUCCAGGUCCACGAUAAGUAUCAUGUCCUGUCAGUCCACAUCCUCACACGACGGCUCUGAGAUGGAUGCGCCACAAGUUGGUUACAUAGGCGGACAUCUAACGCCGACAAGUUCCGCCCCAGAGGUAAGACUUAUCAGCAUCCAACCUAGCACACCCUUCGCUUUCAUCCCCUCCCCUGUUUCAUCUACAAUCAACCGUAAGAUAUCUAGACGGCAGGAACUCUAACUGAAAAAACAUGAGCUGAAAAUACCGAUUUUGGCCCCUAACUUGUGAUUGCAGGAAGCGAGCGAGGUCGAUCAUGACAUUGAUCCUCCUCCUGAGAAGAGGAGAAAUAGACUUGGCUACCAUCGGUCAGCGGUCGCAUGUAGUAAGUACCUGUUACCACGCCAAACAGCAACUAGCUCCAGGAAAGAUUUGUAUGGGUGUUAAAGUGCAGUUCGGUAUAGAUCCCUGUCGAAAAAGGAAAAUCAGGUGUAAAAAACCUGAGACGCGCGAUGUCCUAAACCGAUGUGAGAGUUGCAUCAAUCUCAAGAAGGACUGUAUAUACGCUCCAGUAAGCCAACAAGCGCCGCUGCCAACGACGAUACAACGGCCAAGAAGGAUGUCAGUCGGGGUCAACCCUACGUCGCCAUCCACCGCAUCACCCACGAUGGCAAUGGACCAGGUUGUGGAAGGGCCAUCGAAUCCGACUUAUCACCAGCUUACGGCGAUGUCGUCAAUGCCUAGUAUAUGCCAUCAACCGGCGGAAAAUGGUGACAAUGGAACUUGCUCUGCUAGGGAAGUUCCAUCGACUACACCUAACAGCCGGUCAUUUAGUUACGGACAAGGGACAAGCGGUUGGAUGCAUACUGAUGCGGAUGUUAAUACCACGACAACGUCAGGGGACACGACUGGCCCUUGGAUGACCAUACCCCACGGCCUGCCCGACGCUACAGAAUUCUCGCAAUAUGCCCCGCAGACAACGUCACCACUCUCGACAUGGCCGGCGAACUCUCUCGGGAUACAUAGAGUGGAUACUGAUGCACAUCUAGAUCACACAUGGCGUCCAUACCCAUCGGGCGCGCGGUCUAUGUCGUUCAACAACACACAGUCCGGGCAAUUCGAUCCUUCGCCGACAAGACCAUACGAUGGAAUCCAGUCGCCAAGCGCCGCUGAUAUCAUGCCGGAAGUAAACCUGCACGCUCAGGGGUCUCUCUCUGCUGGUGCCACGCCGAGUCUAGCGUACGAUGUAUGGCAGCAGCAAUACCAAUAUUCUAGGCUUAACGAAGAAUAUAACGGCUGGUAUGAGAACGGUGACCAUCCGACCCGCCCAGAUAUCUCGUCUAGCGAGGGUUCCUCACAGACUGGAGGUACCUACUACAGGCAAAGAUGACAUCAAGCCAAUCGCUACAGGCGCGGACAGCAAAACCACCACCCUGCCUACCGCACUGCAUUUUUCCGCAGACCAG